AUGCGGCGUUUUCCUGCUCUUAUAAACAAUCUCAAACCAAUCUUCCCGGCUUCGGGAUCAAACUGUAAAGUUGUGAGAACCAUAGUACCGAAAAAACCGGGGAACGAGAACAAUGGUGAAAGAGAAACAAUGAAGAAGAUUGAGGAAUCGGUAGAGCCACUGGUUGCCUUCAGUAGGCCACCACCAUUUCCACCAUUUAUUGGUCCAUUGGUCAUGUAUUCUCUUCUUCAAUCAUGGUCUAGCCGCGAUGAAGAUGGCUAGUUGCUUCGUGGAAUGUAUAUAUAUAACUAUAUGAGAUGUAUGCCAAAGUUUUCUUGACCAGAAUCUCUAAAAUCUAGAUAUUAACCGAGCCUUUUAGCAUAAUCUUGUGUUAUAUAUGUUCUGAUUUUCCUCUGAGACAAUAAAAGGUCUGAUGUUGUUUUAUAGUAAAUCGAUCAAUUGUUUUGUUUUUGUAA